GAAAGACAUGACAAUCACAGGAUUAUCCGCUUCAUGGUAGGUUGGUACAAACGCGUUUAAAAACGCCCAAGCAGGAGUCCGCAAUUACCGCGUUUUGUUUUAUCAUCACCCCACAGCGGAACAUUAUGACGUCGUCAUGAGAAGCGCACGGGUAUUCCGCGGAUUCCCUUGAUAGACAGAUCGCUCCAAAUAUUUUACAUUUUUUUCCCAGCAGCGGAUUUGUAGAAGAGAUGCACUUGUGAUUUUUGUCAGACAGCAUCCGUUUCCGACUACAGCUAUGUAGUUUUCACUUCUGUGCCUUUUAUUAUUAGUUAAAGUUGCGUUUAACUUGCAUCUGCAUCGCAUUACACGAUUGUCCUGGUCUGUGGAGCUGGAGCAAGUAUGGGAUUGCCUGCGUUAGAGUUCAGCGACUGCUAUUUGGACAGCCCGCAAUUCCGAGAGAGGCUGAAGUCUCAUGAAAUGGAAUUAGAGAAGACCAAUAAGUUCAUCAAGGAGCUGAUCAAGGAUGGGAAAGCUUUAAUUCAAGCCCUGAAAAAUUUGUCCACUGCAAAAAGAAAGUUUGCAGAGUCGCUGAACGAGUUUAAAUUCCAGUGCAUUGGCGAUGCAGAAACAGAUGAUGAGAUAUGCAUUGCUAAAUCACUUCAGGAGUUUGCUGGAGUCUUACAGAACCUGGAAGAUGAGAGGACACGAAUGAUAGAAAAUGCCAGUGAUGUGUUGAUCACACCGCUGGAGCGCUUCAGGAAGGAGCAGAUCGCAGCUGCAAAGGAGGCCAAAAAGAAAUAUGAUAAAGAGACGGAGAAGUACUGUACAGUGUUGGAGAAACAUCUCAGUCUGUCCGCCAAGAAGAAGGAAGCACACCUUCAUGAAGCGGAUAACCAGGUGGACCACGUGAGACAACACUUCUAUGAGGUCUCGCUGGAAUAUGUCUUCAAAGUGCAGGAAGUUCAGGAAAGGAAAAUGUUCGAGUUUGUGGAGCCGUUGCUGGCUUUUCUACAGGGUCUGUUUACAUAUUACCAUCAUGGGUACGAACUGGCCAAAGACUUCAACCAUUUCAAGACAGACCUCACUAUCAGCAUUCAAAAUACGCGGAACCGGUUCGAGAGCACGCGUUCAGAGGUGGAAUGUUUGAUGAAGAAGAUGAAGGAAAACCCGCACGAACACAAGAGCAUCAGUCCGCACACAAUGGAGGGAUACCUGUUUGUGCAGGAGAAACGUUCUUUUGUGUCCACAUGGGUGAAGUACUACUGCUCCUAUCACCGAGAGCCCAAACGCAUGACCUUGAUGCUGUUCGAUCAGAAGUCUGGGGGCAAAGUUGGAGAUGAGGACAGCUUUACGCUCAAAUCUUGCACCAGAAGGAAAACAGACUCCAUCGAGAAGAGGUUCUGCUUUGACAUUGAAGCCGUAGACCGGCCUGGCGUGAUCACCAUGCAGGCGCUGUCAGAAGAAGACCGCAGACUCUGGAUGGAAGCCAUGGACGGAAGAGAACCGGUAUACACCCUGAAUCGUGAUAGCCAGAAUGAAGGCAUGGCCCAAUUAGAUGUCAUCGGCUUCAACGUUGUCAAAAAAUUCAUCUAUGCCGUAGAGACCAGAGGUAUUGAUGAGCAGGGGCUAUACAGGAUCGUUGGUGUCAACUCCAGAGUGCAGAAACUACUCAGCCUGGCCAUGGACCCCAAAACUUGUGCAGAUGUGGAGCUGGACAGCACAGAAUGGGAGAUCAAGACCAUCACCAGUGCAAUAAAGCACUACCUCAGGAUGCUGCCGGCCCCUCUCAUGACAUACCAGUACCAGAGGAGCUUCAUCAAAGCAGCCAAACUGGACAAUCCCGAGGCGAGGGUGGCAGAGAUUCACUCCAUAGUGCACCGUCUCCCAGAGAAGAACCGCCAGAUGCUGGAACUUCUUAUGAAACACUUGGCCAAAGUGGCCAGUCACCACCAGCAGAAUUUGAUGACGGUCGCUAACCUCGGUGUAGUGUUCGGCCCUACGCUGUUGAGGCCUCAGGAAGAGACUGUCGCAGCGAUCAUGGACAUCAAGUUCCAGAAUAUUGUGGUAGAAAUCCUGAUCGAGAACCACGAACGGAUUUUCAAAGACAUGCCAGUGUCUGGAGGAGGGCAGGGCAACUCCCAGCUCAACCUGCCCAGGCGGAGAAGUGCAGACAGCAAGGCCCCAUCCUGCAGUGAGAGACCCCUCACGCUUUUCCACACCCCCACAUUCUCAGAGAAAGACAAAGCAGUGGAGAAGAGGAACAGUGUGGUUGUAAACUCCAGUGCAGACUCAGUAAAUUGCAACAGCACACACAACUGGACUCGACUCAACAACCUGCCCACUGGAGACGGAGACCAUGAUGGGCUUCAGCCGGCCAAACAGAGUCAGCCUAAUUCACUUUUGCCUUGUACAUUUAUGGAACCUUUGAGCAGCAUUCAGCAGUCUAUUCAAAAUCCAAAGGUUCGCAGCAGUAUGUCAACAAGCCCAGCUUCACCCAGUCCCACUUCACCGCGCUCCCCCUCGUGGCCGAUGUUCUCUGCCCCCUCCAGCCCCCAGCUGGCCUCCAGCCCCUCCAGCGAAUCCUCCCCCAUCAGUACUCCGCUACGAAAAGCACGUGCACUAUACGCCUGCAAGGCUGAACAUGACUCUGAGCUGUCCUUUAUCGCAGGGACCAUAUUCGACAAUGUUCAUCCAUCAAGAGAACCAGGUUGGCUGGAGGGGACCUUGGAUGGGAAGACGGGGUUAAUUCCUGAGAACUACGUAGAGUUUCUUUAGAAGGUUCGAGUCGAUGGGAGUGGCGAGGCACAGAGUCCAGUUUUGAAAAGAACUGAACUUCGACAGAAAAGCCGAGUUAGUAUGCUUGAGCGUGUCUCUGUGAUCUUAUGGGUUUUUGGCAACUGUGGCAUUCCCCUAGCACAUCUUUGUGCCGUGUAUCCCACAAUGCACUGCAGCUGUUAAAAAAAAGGAGGAAGAAAAAAACAAACCCUGGGACCAAGUUGUUGCUGCUGCCUUGGCCACAAUCAAGAAACUCUUUUUUAGAUUUUCAAACAGGGGCUUAUCAUGAAUUAUGGAUUUGUUUUUAUAAUUUCUUUUUUUAUAUAUAUGUGAGCACUUCCUGGUUAACCAUGAUGUAAUAUGUGUGCUGUUUCUAUGCAGUCUGGGGCUUUUUGAAUGUCUUUUGUGUCUUUCAGGUCCUCGUAUGUGUUUUGUUUAGAACUACUAAGAGAUAACUGUUAAUUAUGGGGAAAAAAACAAAACUCUUGCACUCUUUUGUAUAUCAGGAAGCAAUUUAAAAAAAAAAAAAAAAAUUUGAUUUUUUUUUUCUCCUUAGCAUGUAAGUGGAAAAGUGUAAAUUAUUAUUUCUUAAUGUGAAUUAACAUCAUGUAAACCACUCUUAUUUAAGCAUUAUCUCUGAUGAGAUUUGUGUUCUUUUGGAGUGUAUUAACAUUGUAAAUAAGUGACAAUUGAUAAGGUAUAAUUUUUUUGUAAAAUGUGAAUUAUAUAUAUUUUUAUUGUAGCAUACUAACUUAAUUUUUUGAUAGCCCAAUUGAUCUUUUUAUAUAUAUAUAUAUAUAUAUAUAUAUAUAUAAAUCAUGUAAAUUUUUCUGAGCCUUAAUAUUCUUUAGGAUAUUGAAUAAAUAAAAGCAUGGUUCAGUUGUUUAGAUUUUUUUUUUUUUUCUAUUCAAUAAAAAUGUUCAUCAAAUUUUCAUUUAAAUACAUUGAUGUCGAUUAAAUUUUUUUUCAGAUAGAAAACUGCUUGGUUUAAACGGGUUUAAUCAGAAUAUGAUUGGUAUAGCGUCCACAGAUUUAUUUAUUUAUUUAUUUAUUUAUUUUUAGGUUUGUGAACUUUACCAACCAGAUGUAGGAUUGCGAAGAAAAUAAACUAACACGUCCAAGUGUAGAUUUGUGUAAACAUUCAGAUACAAUGGGGAAAAAAUAGCAAAUUAGCACAUUGAUUUCACAGUAUAAAAAAGACACAAUCCUCCCUCUGAACAAAUUUUAUCCAACAUUUAAUCAAAUAUGUGUAAAGAUUGACAUUGACUACAGGAGAGGUGUAAUACAGAAAUCAUACAAAACUAUUUUUUCAAACAAACAGACAUUUUAUAUCUUUUACAUCGGAUUACUUUUACAUAUAACUGAAAUGCAAAAAAAAAAAAAAAAAAGACUUUAAUGAAAGCCAUAUACCAGUGAAAUAUGAUUUGCCCUUAAUCUUUAAAGAUAGUAUUUGCAUGAAUUUUUGUACAAAAUAUACUAUGUCAAGCAAGUAUUAGGGUAGUGCAAAUUCUCAGGCUCUGAUACAUUACUUUACACACAGCUUUAUUUAUUUUAUUUUUAUAAAUUUUUUUACUAGUUAAUUUUACAGCAUUAUGUAUGAGACCAAAGCCUAAAUCUUUAUAAAAGAAAUAGAAAAGGAUAAAAUAAAGUACUAGAGUUGGGUAGUAAGUGCUACUGUAAAAUGUAACUGCUUUAAAUAUUUUCUUUCUUUUUUUUUUUCUUUUUUUCUUUUUUUUUUUAAAUCUGCGUUGCUUUGGUCACUCUGUUGCACUAUUCAAACUACACUCGCAUCCCCGACGUCUAACUUCAAGCAGUCAUUCUUUAAAACAGUGAUUCAGUGACUCAUAUAUUCCCUAUAGAUUUAUAGAAUUUACAUUUACAUAUAACACUUUUUCAAAAGUGCACCUGCAAUACAGUUCUUGACAAAAAAGAUAGCAAUACAACUUUAUGUAUUAAAAUUUUGUUGUAAAAUGAUGUGUAUAUCAAAGAGUAUAUGCGUAAUUAUAUUUUAGCUUUAGUUACUUUUAAAAAUGAUCAAUGAUUACCAAACAAAAUAAUUUUUUUUUUUUUUAGACAUUUCAGCAUUUUUUUUUAAUUUAUAGAACCUAUGGUUUAUGGCUCACAAACUCCUUUUGCAAGGCCUAUUGUGAAACAAUUAGAAAACGUGACAUCUCACAAACCUAGCGAGGAAUUUGUAAAAAAAUAGUCUCAUAUAAUACGCUAAAAUAUUUGAGGAAUCUGUCGGGAGGAUUGGGAUAUUUACUGCGUACAUUUUAAUGAAGCCGUUGGAAAUGAGCGUUAAGUGGCAUGGUAACACUCCAAAAGCUACAACAGACACCGGAUUCGAUUACAUACUGUCCGCGGCAGGACGUCAGGUGACUGGAAAUUAACCUUUAACCCUCUGGUCACCAUGAGAGUUUUAAUACUGUACAUGGCCAUAGUGGCAAAAUGAAUGGCUGAAUCUUGUCAAAUGACCAAAUUCAGUUGAUUUUUUUUUUUUUUUUU